GAUGAGGGACAAAGGAAAACGAAGAUGAGGGUGAUGGUCGCCAUCGAUGAAAGCGACUCGAGCUUUUACGCGCUCACUUGGGCGCUUGACCAUCUCUUUAUCAACGCACCGAGCACGGUGGAAGGCGGCGAGGGGGAGGUAGGGAUGGUGACCGUGGUCUACGUCACGCAACCGUUGCAGCACUGUGUGUACCCUGCAGGGACUGGUGGCGCAACCUAUUAUGCAUCUUCGUCGGUGAUAGAGUCGGUGAAGAAAGCUCAGGAGGAGAGUUCUGCUGCCCUUCUUUCCCGCGCUUUGCAGAUUUGCAAGGAUAGGAGGAUCAAAGCAGAAACUCUGAUUCUGAUCGGAGAUCCAAAGGACAAGAUUUGUCAAGCCACAGAGCAGAUGCAUGUAGAUCUUCUUGUUGUGGGUAGUCGUGGCCUGGGCAUGGUUAAGAGGGCAUUCCUAGGAAGUGUGAGCGACUACUGCGCACAUCAUGCAUCAUGUCCAGUCGUGAUCGUAAAACCACCAAGGGGGUCUGCAUCAUCUAAAAAAUAGAUCCGGA